UGCCGUUUGGGAUGCAACCUUCGGAGAUUUCGGCGUCUCGCUACCUAGCAUCAUGAAGGCGGCUUGGGGAGCCCCGUUUAACGACCUGCGAUAUUUUCAUUGUGUGUAAAGUAUACAAAAUUCACAACAGUUUAUGAAACUGGACGCGGUGCUUAACUAAACAUUUCGCCCUGCAGAAUGUCCAAGAUCAGGCGGAAGGUGACAGUGGAAAACUCGAAGACUAUCUCAGAGAGCAGCAGCAGUACGACCACUCCAUCCCGCAGGCCCAGCGUCUUCGAGAGACUCGGACCCAGCACGGGCAGUAAUGCCACAGAGACCCAGUGUAGAAAUUGGUUGAAGACAGGAAAUUGCAGUUACGGCAACACUUGUCGCUACACGCAUGGAACUCCGGCAAGAGGCAAGAAUUUUUCUGGAGCAUUCAGCAGGUCUUCCGAGAGGCCCACUGGUGAUCUCCGGGAGAGGAUGAAAAAUAAGAGACAGGAUGUAGAUGCAGACACUCAGAAAAGAGAUCAAGACGAACCUACUUCACCCACAACUAGACAGAGAGAUUCAUCCCGAAGCAGACACAGAGAGAAAGAGGAUAUAAAGAUCACUAAAGAACGAACGCCAGCCAGCGAAGAGGAAGCAGCAGAGUGGGAAGCCAAUCGUGAAGACUCUGAUAACGGUGACUACGAUUACGAAUUAUCGCUGGAAAUGAAGAGGCAGAAGAUCCAGAACGAGCUGAUGAAGCUCGAGCAGGAGAACAUGGACAAACGCGAAGAGCUCCUCAUUAAGAAGGAGGAAUCAGUGACCAAGACCAGGACCAGCAGCACUUCUAAAGAUAAGGGGUCUCCCGAUCACUCCAGCUCCAAGAAUUCACCCCUGUCCCGCAAGUCCAGCGGCUCCCCAAAACGAAAACCCAGCGGUUCUCCUAAACGGAAAUCCAUCGGGAAAGGCAGCAGCUCUGGCAAGAAGGAGAAGAAAUCUUCCUCUUCAUCAGUUAUCUCCUCCCCGGUGAUGGAGCAGAGCAGAACAGAGGAGGCUGAGAGCAGAUCCUCUAAGAGUGGGCACAGCAAGAAGAAAGGCCCACGCACACCCAGCCCCCCUCCCCCUGUGCCCUUGGACCUGCCCGUAGGGGGGAAAAAGCACAAGGGAAAACACAAGAAUAAAGAAAAGAGCGAAGAUAAGCAGAAAGAAGCCAAGGAGCGGGGCCGGGACAGCGAUAAGCACAAGGAGAAAAAAGAGAAGCGCAGGGAUCGCUCAGACAGUUCCCACAAGGCUAAACGAUCGGUGACGUCAGAGGAACGUUCUGGAAGUGUGUCGUCUCCCGGGCGAGAGAUGUCGCCUCAGACCAGGAGGAAGUCCUCAUCCCCCAAGGCAGCCACCCAGAAACAAAGCUCACCGCAGAGGUCUCGUACCCCACCACGUCACCACCGGAGCCCCUCUCCUCCAUCCCGCCCUCAUCACUCCCCCUCAUCUCACUCUGGGUCUUCCCACCAACGCCACUCUCCAUCUCCUCGCCGUCGCCGUGGUUCCACCUCCCCAUCCUACCAGCGGGACCUGCUUCCCGCCUUGUCAUCCUCACCCACAACCACUCAGGCCUCACGUCGCUCACGUUCCCGGUCGCCCCCCACGCCUCAGAGGUCAAGCCCUGCCUCUCGCCAUCACUCGCAGGGCCGGGAUCGGGAAAAAGAGAGAGGACGGGGAGAGAGGGAGAGAAGCCCCACUCACGACAGACGUCAUGAACGCAGAGAUGAGAGUCGCGGGAAGCGUGAGAAAGACAGCGGGCGAGACGAUCGCAGCUAUGAGGCCGAUCAGAGCUCCUCGCGAGAUGAACGCGAGAGUCGUGACCGAGACCGGCGCUUCGACCGAGACCGCCGAGACACUCGUGAUGAUCGACAACACCGCGCCAGUGAUGCAAAGGAUGUGCGGGACACUAGAGACCGUUCAGGCCGGGAGUCAGCAGAGCGCAGAGAGAGAGACCGGGACAGGGAGAGGGACCGUGAGAGAGAGAGGGACAGAGAGAGGGAAAGAAAUGAUACUCACAGAAAAGAUGAUGCGUCAGUGCAGGAUGAAAGAAGUUAUGGAAGAGGACAUGGGAGAGAAGAGGGGCGGAGCGAGAGCAGGGCGGAGAGCAGGAACGAAUCACGUGCAGAGAGGAUGGGAAGAGGAAGGGGACGUGCAUCAGAUAACGCUGAGAAAGGAUCAGCUCGAGGGUCUCGUACCUCACAGGCAGACAGCGGAGGCCAUGAUGGAUGGGAGUCUCGUGGCAGUGGCCUAAGAGAAAGGAGCUCUGAGAGAAACACAGAGAGGGGGACAGAACGUGAUCGCUAUGACAAUGACAGGCAGCGUGGAGAGCAGGCCCGAGAUUCGUCUUACGACCGCCGUGGCAGUCAGGCAGACCGAGAACGACGAGACCACAGGGACAGAGCAGAUCAGAGGGCACCCUCACCUGGUCGCCACCAUGGCCGCAGUGAGGACACCGAGCGUGAGGAGAGGAGAGACGAGAGACGGAGCGACCGAGGCGAGGACAGACGGGAGGACAGGGGUCGUGAGCGAGAGGGCCGCGAACGAGACAGAGAGAGGGAAAGGGAGAGAGAGAGGGAGCGGGAAAGAGAGAAAGAGAGGGAGAGAGAGGCUGAGAGGGAGAGGGAGCGGGAAAGGGCCAGGGAGCGAGAACGUGAGAGAGAGCGGGAACGAGAAAGGGAGAGGGAGGAAAGAGAGCGGGAGCGAGAAAGGGAACGGGAGAGGGAGGAACGGGAGAGAGAGCGAGAACGAGAGGAGAGGGAGAGAGAGAGAGAGCGUGAACGAGAGAGAGAAGAGCGGGAACGGGAGAGGAAAGAGAGGGAGCGUGAGAGGGAGAGGCAGAGAGAAUGGGAGGAGAGGGAGAAAGGCAGAGAGGAGAGGCGGGAGAGAAGAGAGGAAGCGCGAGAUGAACGCUCGGCCAGAGAAACUCACGAAGAGCGAAAAACCAGUGGUCGCAAGAGGCACCGUGUGGAGAACACUCCCAGCCCUCGGCCUUCUCCUAAAAAAGUGCGAGAAGGUAGCCCUGCAGACAGUGAUAGCUACAAUAGUACUGAGGAAAAAGGUGAUAAACACAGACUCCUGAGUCAGGUUGUCCUUCCCCAGGAGCCAAGCCGCUCCCCUCCCCGUGUCUCCACUGAUGACAAGCCUGCGCGCUGGAGGGACAAUGAACGUCGAGCGGACAAGAAGGAUGGGCGUGGUCGGCAUGAAGAAGCAGAGCCUCGGAGUGAGCGAGCUGCAGGUAGAGGGUUGGAGCGACGUGGGGAUCAUUCAUCUGAGGGUUCUCUGAAUACGCCAGCAUCUGAGUCUCGAAGGGGUAAAGAGCAGAGAGAUGCCAUCACGCCACCUGCCCCCUCGACUGGCGGCCCUGAUGGACGAGAUUCUGCAUUGACCAGCCAUGAGGAAGGCAAGAAGAAAACAAAGUCUCAGAAAAAGAACCUGAAGAAGACCAGGAAAGAGGAUGAGAGCACUAAUGCUGGUGGUGACCGCUUUAACCCUGAGCCCCCACCACCUGCUUCCUCCUCAGUACCCUCUGAAGCUCCACGUCCACUCCUCUCUCCCCCUAAGAUGGUCAAGAAGAAAUUACUGGACCGGAGGCGGAAGCGUUCCCGGGGCGCUGAGUCUGACCCAUCUGAAGAUGAGCAGCCCAUCAGCAAGAGACGCCGUGGCCCUCAGACACCUCCACCGAUCAACAAAGAGGACUUGCCUUCUCAGCGUGCGCUGAUGUCGGGCCAUGCUUUAGCGGCACCGCUUAAAAUGGACCCUAACUUCAGUGACUGGUCUGAUGAGGAGGUCCCCGAACGCAACGAAGCUUCAUCUGAGCUAGCUCCUGAGCGGCUGCAGCCCCGCAGAAACCCACCCUUGGCCCCGCUGCUCCCAGACCCACCCAUGGCGAUUCAUCCACUUCCACUGCAGCCGCUGCUGCCGAAGCACGUGUUGCGCAAACCGCAGCAGGCUGACCAAAGGCAGCAGCGCAGUAGCAGCAUGGGUAGCAACCCAAGCCGGGCAACAUCGCGUCGACUCCGGUCACCCUCCAAUGACUCGGCCCACCGCACAGACGACACCCAGCAGGGGUCACGAUCACGCAGGGCACGCGGACAGGGUGCCAAUUCCCGAGACCGGGAGAGAGAACGGGAACGAGAGAGGGAUAGAGCGGCAGUCGCUGAACCGAUCGGAGGAAGGGAGGAGCGAAAGUCGAGGAUUGAUCAGUUAAGAAGAGGAGAGCCGAGUCGCAGUACUUCAUCAGACCGGCAGGACUCUCGUAGUCACAGUUCUCGUCGCAGCUCCCCGGAGUCAGAGCGACAAGGUCGCUCUCGGGCCGGUUCACAUGACAGCCGUGAGCGGGACCGUGAGCGGGACCAGUUUGAGCGAGACAGGAAGGAGUACCGGCAACCGCAGAACCAGCCACUAUCACAGCAGCGUGAUUGGGAGCCAGAACCCCGUGAAUGGGGUGUUCGAGGUCGUGAACCCCUCCUUCUCCGCCCUAACCGCGAGCCAAUCAGAGAACGGGACUUGCGUGAGAUGCGUGAGAGGGAGAGACUACUGCCUGAAGGACUGCUCUCAAAUGAGCGCCUUGACCGUGAUCGUGGUGAUAGGGAGCGAGACCGGGACAGAGACAGGGGAGAACGAGAGCGCAUGCUGCCCUUUGACCCCCCACCGCUGGGGGAACCCAAGAGCCGAGCAGAGAUGCGGAUGGAGCGAGGAGACUAUGAGCCCCUGCUGCCUAGAGAAGCCCUAGUGGACAUGGACAAACCCAGCGCUACAGACGAGCCACAUGUACAGAUUGAACGCUGUGAAACAGAGAAGAUAGACAGCCUUGAUGAAGAUGAAGGGAAGGGUGAGGACGCCCAGUCUGCGGUGUCAGGUGGGGAGGAAUAUGAGCCCAUCAGUGAUGACGAGCUGGAUGAGAUUUUGGCCGACAGCCAGAAAAGAGACGAUCAGCAGGAUGAAGAGAAAAUCCCAGGACCACUGGAUGUGAUUGAUGUAGACUGGUCCAGCCUGAUGCCCAAGCAGAAACAGGAAACCCGGGCACCCGGGGCUGCACUGCUUAGAUUCACACCCGGAGCCAUGCUGCUGCGGUCGGGUGUCUCUCGACGUCUGGCUGGUCCGCAGCUCCUUGCACGCGUUAAAGACGUCUGCGCCAAAGAGCUAGAGGAUUCUAAAGAUGCAGAGAAGCUGUUUGAGCAUGACCUUGGUGCCCUGAACAUGGCCGCCUUCAACAGGAGAACAGAAAGAACAAACCUGCUGAGAAACCUGGGGCCGUGCGGAAAGGCUCUCUGUGCACGUCGAGACCUCGCCAUCCGUAGGCAACUCCUCAAAAACGACAAGGGGACGACUAAGCAGAUCUACACUAGUGCUCCUGUGGUGGACCAGGAACUGCUGCAGCUCAGCAUACGUCUCUUCAAGAAGAAAAUGUCUGCCGGCCAGGUGAAAGCCGACCCGGCGCCCACGUCUAACACCCCAGCCGAGGUGUGUGUGUCUUGAAAGACCCCCGUGAGUACAGCACGUGGAAACCGAUCACACGGACUCGGCUGUCUCUUGUGCUUUGAAACACUGAAACUGUUUGUAAGUCAGUGCGAAUGGAGAAUCAGCCACGCUUGAGAGAUCAGGAUCAUAGAGACUGGAGAUACGCUAGCCUAUGAAGAUACUGUAUAAAUUACUACAGCCAAUGAACUUUCUAUUCUACGUGUGGCCGAGAACUGUUGUUGAGAACUGGCUCUCGUUCCAGGUUAAUGUUUUAGAAAAACUGUUUUUUUUUUUUGUAAUGUCAGUUGUCAUUUAUACUGGAGUUGCUUUGUGUUUAUUUGAUGUACUACAUAUUAAGAGUUGUGCAUUAAAAUGGUCUUUGUCAA